CAGGAGAGCAUUGGACGACAACAGAAACAGGAAAUGGAGUAGACACAGGAGACAUUGGCUCAGUGUGACACGACAGUGGUCCAGGACUGAACGAAAUAUCUCCAUAAGGCUUUUAGCUCUUGUGGUGAAUUGUUCCAGAAUAAUCAAGCAGCAAGGAUGAUUGUUCCAGUGUUGUGGCUGGUGUUAUCUAUCACACAAGCUCAGUGGCAUACUAAUGUCUGGGACAACAGGCAGGUGAUAGUUCAUCUCUUCGAGUGGAAGUGGGAGGACAUCGCUGACGAGUGUGAGAGAUUCCUGGCUCCACGAGGCUAUGGUGGCGUCCAGGUGUCUCCGCCUAACGAGCACGUGGUUGCACACUUGGAGGAGAAGCACCGUCCCUGGUGGGAACGCUACCAACCUGUCUCUUACAAGAUCGCUUCCCGUUCUGGCGACGAGGCUACCUUCAGGAACAUGGUUACCCGCUGUAACAACGUCGGAGUCAGGAUCUAUGUGGAUGCUGUUAUCAACCACAUGACUGGUGGGUGGCCCAGGGGCACACCAGCCACCGGUGGCUCCCCCUUCGAUGCCCAGGCUCUCUCCUAUCCAGCCGUGCCCUACUCAGCCAAGGAUUUUAACAACGAUAUCUGUCCCACUGCUUCUGGUAAUAUUGAAACCUACAGCGAUGGCAAUCAGGUUCGCAACUGCAAGUUAGUAGCGCUUAAUGACCUAAACCAGAGCAGUGAGCAUGUGCGCGAGAACAUACUAGGUUACAUGAAUACACUCAUCCAGUGGGGCGUGGCCGGGUUCAGGAUUGAUGCUGCCAAACACAUGUGGCCAGUUGACUUGAAGAUUAUAUUUGGUCGGCUAAAGAAUCUCACCACGACUUACUUCCCUAAGACAGCCCGCCCCUUUAUCUUCCAAGAGGUCAUCGAUCUAGGUGGAGAGGCCAUAACAAAGAAAGAAUACACUAGUAUUGGUCGUGUGACAGAAUUCAAGUAUGGUAAGUUCUUGGGAGAGGCUUUUCGUGGACAGAAUCAGCUGCGAUGGUUGAGAAACUUCGGUGAAGGCUGGGGCAUGGUGGAUCGCCAUGAAGCUCUCGUCUUUGUUGAUAACCACGACAACCAACGAGGUCAUGGAGCGGGGGGUAACAUGAUCCUCACCUUCCGUGACUCCAGGUGGUAUAAGAUGGCAAACGCCUUCAUGCUGGCGUACCCUUACGGCUUCACCCGAGUCAUGUCUUCGUACUACUGGGAACAAAACUUGGUCAAUGGCAAGGAUAAAAACGACUGGGUAGGUCCACCACACAACGACAACUCUAACAUCAUCUCUCCCAGCAUCAACGCUGAUGACAGCUGCGGCAACGACUGGAUCUGUGAGCACCGCUGGAGACAGAUCUACAACAUGGUCCAUUUUCGUAAUGUUGCUCACGGCACUGACAUGAAUGACUGGUGGGACAAUGGGAGCAAUCAGAUUGCCUUCUGCAGAGGAAAUAAAGGUUUUAUCGCUAUAAACAACGACAGUUGGGACCUCAAGGAAACCCUGCAGACGUGUCUGGGUGCUGGGACAUACUGUGAUAUUAUCUCAGGCAGUAAGGUGAGAGGGGUGUGUACAGGCAAGUCCCUCACAGUACACAACAACGGUGUGGCCAACGUCACUAUCCUCACCUCUGACAGUGAUGGUGUUGUCGCCAUACACGUUAAGUCCAAGCUGUGAGGAAGCUCCCUGUUGUUAUGAUGGUGAUUGUAACCGGAGUAUUGGGUUGAGUAGUUCACUGCACUGCACUCCAGUACCAUAUACGGACACCUUUGCCACAAGGAAACGAACUAAUUAAUCACAAAACUUCCACCAGUACACUGAUAUAUAGUAAUGCCUAACGUCGCUUCAUCGAACAGGAACCAAGAAUCGUGAAGAAAGUUUGAAAUCACAGGCCUACUGGCAACGAUAUGUCAUUAAAAUUAAUCCAAUCAGCUUGUGGUUGAUGCCUAUUGAGUCAGUCAUAAGUUAUUAUCCAUACUUAAUUUGUACCGCCGGAGCUGCUAUUUUAUUGUGUAUGUACAGCUAAUCCUGCGAGCGGUAGUGCAAAAUAACAUGAUUACAGGUCACAGUGGGUCUUUUCAGACACACUGGGCAUAGUUAAAUCUUUAAAAAUAUUAGUAUUUUCAUAUUUUAAUAUUUUUUUUUCACAUAGCUAAUGUACAAACAAUAUGUGGAUAUCAACUCAAGAAAACUAAAAUAUUAUAAUAAUAAUUAUCAUCAAGAAAAUUCGAGUAUCUUAUUACCAUUAAAAUCAUUGAUCAUUUACCAGGUCACUCGUCUAACCAGUGCAAAAUGUGGAUACAGUCGCAAGACUUCAGAUAUUAACAAUAAAGUGGUUUGCCAUUUUCUGUAGGGCUUACCUGGAGG